GCGUGUAUGCAAGUAAUUUUGUUUGGCUCGCAUAGAUUGUGUGAGACAGAGUGACCGGGGUGUUUUUUCGAAGCUGUUGGGUUAUAAGAGAAGGUUGGUGGCCGCAUUGUUUCUGCGUUUUUGGAACCUUGGUAGAAACAUCCUCCGCUUGAAUAUCUUUCUUGCAUAACCCGAUUUCCUUUUUUGUCUGGUUUCCUUUUUUUUCCUUGAGUCAGUAUCUGGUAUCACUUUGUGCUUUUCUAUCCCUUCAGCAUAAAAUACAAAAAACAAAAGAAAAAUAGUGCACUUGUCGGCUGGUCCCUGUUACGAAUCACCCACCCAUCAUCAUCGCCAUCUUCACCCACCAAUCUGGUUAUUGGAAUUCAGUGUGUCGGUUUGGGAAUCGAAUCUAAGACACUAUCAAACGUCAUCACCAUCUCAUCUUUUUCACUCUCCUCAACCACACCUCCUCAUCCACAAUGCGUCCAUCAACAUUCCUGGUAUCAUCACUCGCCAUCUUCGGGGCUCACGCCGCUCCGGCACUCCCCAAGAUCGAUCUCAAAGAUGUAGCCGACCCGGCGGCAGCCUUGGAUGCUCUAUCAACUUACUUCAAUUUGAUUGCAUCAAAGGUCCAGACGUCCAAAGUACGCCCCGUUGCGCCGAUAUGCGACCUGUCCAAGGCACAGAUGCCUGCCAUGGCUGGGCUUCCACCUCCAUCUGCCGGCUUGAUUCCGCAUCACGUAGCCGUCGGCCGUGGCACCCAGAACUACACGUGUGAUACGAGCAACCCUAGCUCAGCCCCGGUAGCUGUUGGAGCCUUGGCUACUCUCUACAAUGUCAGCUGCAUCGCCGCCACCAACCAAGAUCUGCUGGAAAAGGUCCCUGCCAUGGUUGUCAACUUUGACUACGACGCCGUCACCUCCACAGGAUCACUCGGCCCCAUGGCGCUUCCUCCCAUCUCUGGCCACCACUUCUUCGUCGACAGCACGACGCCAUUCUUCAACCUGGAUACGCCCACUCUGGACAUUGGCACAGUGCCCACUUCCAAGAACAACAGCGCCCCUGCACCACCCACCGCCGCGAAGGGACCUUCAGGCUCUAGCGCCGUUGUGUGGUUGAAGCUCCUUGCCAAAGAUGGCGCAACAGGCGGCAUCAAGGAGGUGUACAGAGUCGACACCGCGGGAGGCAGCGCACCAGCUACCUGCCAGGGCCAGCCCGCCAACAUUCAAGUGCAAUACUCAGCAGUGUACUGGUUCUGGGGUUGAGUGGUGCGAUGGGCGGCGGGCAAAUGUCCUUUAUUUUUCUUCAUUGUAACUUGUUUUUAUUCCUAUCUUGAUUGCCCAGGUCUCAUACAUAGACUUGGUAGAAUAUUUCAUUAAUUAUCCGAGGGCUGGUUAGCGAUCUUUUCUUCCAAAGAAAUUGACUUUGAGUUGUGUCGGAUGAUGUAGGACGCACACGAGUAAUUUAGUACGUAGUGACCGCAUCGACACCGAAAUCGAUGGCCCUAAUGUGCACAAGGUACUCAGUAGAUGCGCGUGAGCUGCGAUUGGCCAUUUGUUGAGAGUAAGACUGCAAGGCCGCAGAAGUUUUGCAGCUGAUCUGUGCGGAUGCGACACAUGACGGAUUGCGGAAUGACAACAGGUACCUGCUUGCGCCGCAACAGGUUGUCGUGGGACAUGCUAUCUGUUGGAACAGUAUCCGUACCCAGGAGUUGGUGGAUUGAGACAGCAUACCGCUGAAGAGGGAC